GUGAUGUGGGGGGGCAGAGAUCAGCUGGGCGAUGCCGUUCAGGUUUGUUCACCUCGUGUGGGUGCAGUGUGGAUUGCAGUGAUGGGGCGUGCAGUCUGGUUUGGGUGCUGUGGCAGGGGGGUGCCAUGUGGGGCUCUGAACAGUUGAGUCAUUCACACUGGGGAAGCAGAACCAGGCACUGCGGUUGGCCAUGAGACUGGGCUGCUUCCUGCUGCGCAGGCACCAAGGGUGCAGGAGCCGACAGCAGCAGGCAGGUGAGAAGAAUGGGCUCCGUGUCGGAGGAGCUCACCCUGGUCCCCCUGCACCAGAGGCCAGAGCUGCUGGAGGCCUGUGCUGAGCUGCUGCGCGAGGAGUGGGGAAAGAGCCGGGCGUCGCGGCUCCACAUGCUCCAGCGCUCUUCAGACUCUUUCCCCGCCUGCCUGCUGCUGCUGCGGAGCCAGGGCACCGCCGAGGCCCCCUGCCAGCUCGUGGGCCAUGUCCGGCUCUCCCGCGUGGCUGCCCGGCCCCGCAGCCUCUUUGUGGAGAGCGUGGUGGUGGCCCGGGCGCUGCGGGGCCAGGGCUACGGGCGGCAGCUGAUGGAGGCCACUGAGCAGUGGGCCCGAGCCCGGGGCUUCGGCUGCCUGCACCUCACCACCCACGACAAGCAGCAUUUCUACGCACAUCUGGGCUUUGUCCUGGGCGAGCCGGUGCAGAGCGUGGCCUUCCUCAGCCCCACCGUACCCGCUGAGGUGCUGCGGCUCUUCUCCACCCGUCCUGGUGCUGACACCACCACCACCAGCAGCACCAGGCCAAGGCUGCCUCCUGCCCCACCACCUCCCGUCUCGUCCCCUGCUGCUCCUGCACCACCCCCCCCACCACCGAAUGUGAUCUGGGCAAGGGGGGUCCUGGCUGAGAGCAAUGGGCGCAGCCUCCUGGAGACCCCCCACCGCGAUGCCAAAGGGCUGCCCAUCUUCUGGAUGAAGAAGGACAUUUGAGGGGCCCGGGCUCUGAGCCCGUGAUUAAAGCAGUGCGGGCAGGAGCUGCCCGCCCUGG